AUGAAUCGAACACAAAAGACCCCCAGGAAGUACUCAGAAGAAUCAGCCUGGUCCCAGAGCUACAGGCUUCUGGAAGUACAGCUGCAACGUGGUCACAGACCUCAUGGAAUUGAAGAUAUCAUCCUGUCUGACGUGGGACAAGCUAUUCUAGCCCCACGAGCCAGUGAAAGAGAAACCGUCAGGCAACAUCCACAUCACAUAAACCUGGACAUUAAAGACUGUGGACCUCAAUGUGAAGCAUUCACCAAGUGUGAAAAUAUUUCAGCCUGUCGAGCUUCAUGGACUUUGGGAAAUCAUCCAGCUCAAAAAGAACUACUAAACUACAUACUGGACAUUGAGAGACCAGGAAAGGAACUGAUCGUUCGAACAACGAAUGCUGUCCUAAACCGUGCUGACUUUUGGACACUGGGCUUUAACAGAGACAUGGAGUCAACUAUUGGAAAUGGUUGUUUUCAGUUGAUUAAAAGCAUUGCAUGCUCAAAGGGCAAGAACAUUUAUGUAGCUAAUCUUCAUGUUGUACCAACAUGGCUGCAACCAAACAACUGUGAUCCAUUUUUGAGUCUACCUGAUGAUGCUCACUUGAAAGAUGCCCUGGUGAUUCCGAUUUGGACACCAGGGGCCGGAAAUGACAGGACACGGAACAGUGAGGAGCCCAGGGAAGAACCGAUUGCAACAGGCAUCGGGGGCCAACCCCUGCGGUGA